AAUGGUAAUAUCAAAAGACAAGCUACAACGGUUACAGUUGGUGGUCCCAGUCGUAACCCUGGUUUUGUUUCUGUUCUGCAAUAUAAAAGCCACUUCCGGAUUGACCUGUUUAGAAUGCGCAGACGUACCAAGUGCACGUGACUGUGAUCAAGUAAAGGAAUGUGGGUCUCACGAGGUGUGUUACUCUACGCAAAUUGUAUCAACUUCUGGACAUAUAUAUAGAGAGAUGGGAUGCAGGGAUAAAAUGCAAUGUUCCAGUGGAAUUGUGGGUAAAAGAUCGUCCUUCAGACGAGCUGGUGAUCUCCCUGUAUGUGAUGGAUGUUGCGAUUCUCUGUGGUGCCAGGCAAAUCUUUGUCAAGAUAAAGACUACACCCAGAAUAGAGGACCUAUAUGUUAUGAGUGUGAAGACCAGUUAAAGGACGAGAACUGCACAAAAAUAAAAGAAUGCUCUCGUGACGAGGUCUGCGUUGAAACAUUUAAGCAGAGUCCAUCCUUUACCUUGUUGAGGCAAACUGGCUGCUUUGGAAAACAUGUGUGUGACACAGUAUUCACGGCUAGCAACUUUCACCCUACUGAUAAAACCUGUUUUAACUGCUGCUCAGGAGACCUGUGUAAUACACGAUGUGACUUGCAACAAAAGCCAGCUACCGGAAGUGUUAGUGUUGCACCUACAACGGCAGGCACAACAGCUGCUUGUGUGGAUAGUACAGCGGAAGCUACGUGUAAACUUGCGUCCAGUAUAGUAUGCCAAGACCAGACGCAUGCGCAGAACGCCAAUUGUGAGCACUACUGCGGAUACUGUUAAAUACAGUAAAAUGCCAAGCUUUUCGUUGUCUUUAAACAAAACUUAUGUCAUUUAACUAAGCUUAAUCAUAAAUACGAUUUUAUGAAAUAUA